AUGGCACCUUCACCAUUACAACAGAGAAGAACCCAAAAUACUCUUCUGUUCCAGAAGCUUUUGAACCUUCGCGAAGGCGCAAGUCCAUUCACAUUGGUUCUCGAUACCUUAGAGCAAAGUGGCUGGCCAGUGGUUAGAGAGUUUGCGAGGAGAGCAAAGAUCUCGAAAAGCAAGAUUAUCUUCAUUUCAUUCUCUUCCCUGAGAAGGAAAGUCUCUUUUGACAUCGAUUCUUUCGUGCCCGCACCCGGAAAGUCGCUAGCAGCAUUGCGAGAAGAAAUCCUAUCCCACCUCCCACCACCACCGACUACUGCGCCUUCAUCUUCUUCAAGUGCUACUAGAUAUCUUAUCAUAAUUGACGAUCUUCACACUCUUUGCAGCCGGCAUACUCACCACCUCUCGCCUUUUCUGUCCUCCCUCCUCAUUUCUCCUCAAAUCUCUCUACUCGCUACAUAUCACACCGACAUAACUCUUCCAGUCACUAAAGCUAUCUCGAGUUAUCAGCCUCCUUCUCUCACGACCCUUACGUAUCUUGCCACAGCCAUUCUCACUGUUUCUUCACUAUCUCAAGUCCUAGCUCGCAAACGUGCCCGCGACAAAAGCCUCCAAGAACCAGUGUUUGGCCUCGACGAACAUCGAGAAGGGGUCAUCGUUAGCUUUAACGGAAAGGCUACUGAGAAGAUAAUUGGAGUGGUAGUCAAUAUUGAGCUUCGACGACGCUCGGGGAGAGGAAUAGUCGAGAACUUCGUCCUCUUACCUCCUUCCACAUCUUCCUCUAGCACCAAAUUAUCAGGUCUUAGCGAAUUCAUCCUACUAGAUGAGCAUCCGCUCUAUGCUCCUGCACCCAUCAGCACUGGGCCAGGUGGCGAUGCAGGCGAAGAAGAAGUGGAGACGACAUUCAAUCUCAACCUCACAGAGAAGCAGAAGAGGGACAGAGAAGGCGUUGUGAUGCCUUACUUCGACGCUCAGAAAGAGGGAGGCUCAGCCGGACCAGGAGAAGGUGGACGUAUUCUGUACGAGAUGGGUGCAGAGGACCGAGAGGACUUUGACGACGAAGAGGACGAGAUCUAA